AUGCGGCUUUCUACGACGCCGUUUCGGUUCGCACUAAACACCUUCUUUCUUCUUCCUUUGCCUCUAGCUGUUUGGGCUGGACCGAGUCCUUAUGAUUUAGGGCUUGGGCAAACUUUGCCGGAUGGGCCAGGUCAAGUCAUUCUCGGGCCUCAGGUCAUUCGGAUGUAUAACGCAAUUCGGCGAAAUGACGAAAUUGGAUCGUUUGCGCAGUUGGAGGAUGGCAGUAACUGA